AUGAUGACUGCGAUACAAAAAGGCAAAGAACCAGAAGAGCUCUUAGGAGGGGAAGUGAAGCCAAAGCUCGAUCUGUUUCGAACUUGUGUGGCUGCCAUACCUCGUUUGUUACCUGAACCAAUGCCUUACACCGAUCUUAUCGACAUACUGACAAGGACUACUGUUCAUGUUGACGAAGAAUUGCGAACGAUGGCAGGAAACACAUUACAAAAUAUGUUGGGAGAAUUUCCGGAAUGGAGGGAACACAUCAUCCUGGCUGAAAUCACUUUGCUCCAAAAUCAGUUGACGGAUUUCUACCCUGUCGUUCUUGACGAAGCUCUUCGCCUUCUGCAUCAAAUGGUUCUCACCUGGAAGUCUGCAGCGUUGCAAGAGAAGAAGAAAGAGCAAGAAAAGUUUUUAUCUUUGCUGCUGCUUAUGGAAAACUCUUAA